AUGCCAAUGGGCUCCAUCUACAAUUAUAUAACGGAGACUAUUCGGGAAGUCGUCCACCUUAUCAAGGACCUUCUCUGGAAGAAUGAGAAAGAAGACCAAUUGAUGAUCAUUGAUGAUGAUGAAGAGCUGUUCCUUUUUGAUAAACCACUAGCACAACUGAAGAAACCAAUUACAGAUGAACAAUUGGAAGAGUAUCUUGGUAGAGAUGAAAAACUUAUGAGGGAUUUCAAACUUGACUUGAUUGGUCGUGUUGUUACUCCGUUGGAAGAGGAGGAGACGAUCCACCAUUCCCUCGCUGCCACCUCUGCUGUCCAAGAAUUGUGCAUCCUUGCUAACGACAACAAUGGGAUUCUAUGGACUAAGUCUCCAAUCGAUGGCAGGGACAUUCUUGACGAACAACAUUAUCAACAAACCUUCCCCGGGACAAAUUAUUCCAGCUCUUCUUCUUCAUGGACUGAAGGGUCAAGGGCUUCUGCUGUUGUCAACAUGAAACCAAUGCGACUGGCACAUGAUCUCACCACUGGUAAUAAAUGGCGUGAACUAUUUCCAUCCAUAGUGUUGAAAGAGAUAGCAAUCCGAGUUUUGAUCAAUGGACCAUCCUUGGAUAACCCAGAUGGGUCUUUGCAGCUUAUAUAUACAGAGUUGCAAGCGACUACACCAUUUAUUCCCAAAAGGAGGUUUGCUUUUCUUAGAACUUGUAAACAAAUUGAUCAAUCAACUUGGGUAGUCGCAGACUCUCCAAUUGAAGCUUCUGGGAAUGCUGGUUAUCCAUCCGGAUGUUGGAUACAAGGAACAACCGAUGGAUUAUCCAAGGUCAUAUGGGUGGAGCAUCUGAAAAUUGAAGAAAGAUACCGCAAGCACUACAAUCAUCUGGGCCAUGCAGGCUUUGCAUUUGGAGCUGAACGAUGGGUCGCAUGCCUUGAACGAUCAUGUGAAAGAAAAUCUUAUGAGAUGCAGAGUAUUCCUGGAGGUACACGCUUGAUCAUCCAUCCAUAUUUAUCAUAA